UCCUCACGCAACUGGUAGGUGACGGAGGCGGCGCGAUGGCAGGGGUGCGGCCCCUUCGAUGGCGUGGCCCCUCCGCGCCCUACUGGCAGGCUUGGAGCGGCUCGUCGGCUUGGAGAUCCAAAUUGCUGUGUGCGUGCUGCUGCGAUUCCUUUUCAAGUUCAGGCUUCAGGCUCUAGCAUUUAGAGGAGUCCAGAAUCCAAAUAGUCUCCACUCCACGACAUGGCUGCUAAUGUUGAUUCUUCAGAGACUCCGGUUGGCACUGACAGUAAUCAAAAUUCAACACCUUCUACUCAAGAGGCAACCAUGGAAGUAAAGACAAGAAGGAAAUCUGAGGAUAUUGCACACAGUUCAGUGAAGGAGGAAAAAAAGAAGAUCAAAUGCAUGUUCUGUAAUGAUAUAUUUGCAGGAGGCGGGAUCCACCGUUUCAAGGAGCAUUUAGCCAAAUACCCAGAUCCGCCGUCGGCGACAUUGGCGGCCAGAGAGCUCCUCCGUACACAGGGUACAAGCCGCCCUGAAGCUCCUGUGACGCUGCUCUGUCCACCUGCUAUUGUUGUCAAGGUCGAUGGACAUGGAGGCCAUGUCAUUUCUCCUGUGGUUGCAUGCCUCCAGAUGAAGCCAAAUCUAUUAUGA